CAGCCCCACGCUCAAAUUGUUUGUGUUUGCAAAUUUAUAAAAUUGCAAAUAAAAUGCCGGAAGAACCCGAGGUUAUUGCGGACGACAAGCGGAGUCAUUUGCCUUGGAUUGAGAAGUACCGUCCGGUGAAAUUCAAAGAGAUUGUAGGUAAUGAGGAUACUGUUGCUCGUCUCUCGGUUUUCGCCACCCAGGGAAAUGCACCAAAUAUUAUUAUAGCGGGUCCUCCUGGCGUGGGCAAGACCACCACCAUUCAGUGCCUCGCAAGGAUUCUCCUGGGGGACAGUUAUAAAGAGGCGGUGCUCGAACUUAAUGCCUCCAAUGAGCGAGGAAUUGAUGUGGUGCGGAAUAAGAUAAAAAUGUUUGCACAGCAAAAGGUGACAUUGCCGCGUGGAAGGCAUAAGAUUGUUAUUCUGGAUGAGGCGGACAGCAUGACAGAGGGUGCCCAGCAGGCUUUGCGUCGCACCAUGGAAAUCUACAGCAAUACCACGAGAUUUGCUCUGGCAUGCAACACCAGUGAGAAGAUCAUAGAACCCAUACAAUCUCGCUGCGCCAUGUUGCGAUUUACCAAACUUUCCGAUGCCCAGGUGUUGGCCAAGCUUAUUGAGGUGGCGAAAUGGGAGAAGCUAAACUAUACGGAGGACGGACUGGAGGCCAUAGUUUUCACCGCUCAGGGUGACAUGCGACAGGGACUAAAUAAUCUGCAGUCCACCGCGCAAGGAUUCGGUGAUAUCAAUGCGGAGAACGUCUUUAAGGUCUGUGAUGAGCCGCAUCCUAAAUUACUGGAGGAGAUGAUUCAUCACUGUGCCGCUAACGACAUUCACAAGGCCUACAAAAUUCUGGCCAAGCUGUGGAAACUUGGUUAUUCUCCGGAGGACAUCAUAGGGAACAUAUUUCGCGUCUGCAAGCGCGUCAACAUUGAUGAGCAUCUAAAGCUGGACUUUAUCCGGGAGAUCGGCAUCACCCACAUGAAGAUCGUCGACGGAAUCAACUCAUUAUUGCAACUUACAGCCCUCCUGGCCAAACUUUGCAUAGCUGCCGAAAAACAUUAAUUUUGUAUGCGUAUGUCUAUAGAGUAAGAUUACUGAAUUAACUUCUGGAGUGGAGUCUCGAUUAAAUAAAAAGAAAACGGAG